AUGCGAAAAGUUCGAUAUCAAUCAUUGUUCCAACAAAAUUAUAAGACUAUCUUAUUGAAAUGUCAAGCUAGCGGUCAUCAUUUUCAGGAUGAAAAGUUCCCGCCAAAUGAUUCCUCGCUUUGGCGUCAUCAAAGACCAGAUAUUGAUGCGUAUCCAGAAGUAUUGCAAGGCUUCGUCGGAAAUUGUUGGCUUGUCACUGCAUUCACAGUUUUGGCUGCUCACCCAACAUUACUACAUAAAGUAAUUCCGAGAUGGAAACUCCAAGACUGGUCUCAUUUAACCGAUCCUGGAAUGUUACAUACUGGUACAUUUUUAAGAGAUCUUGACCAUCAUCCUGUUGACGACUAUCUUCCAACAGUAGAUGGCCAAUUAAUCUACGCGCAUGCGAGAAAACCUAACGAAUUUUGGUGUGCUUUAUUGGAAAAGGCUUAUGCAAAACUUUGCGGAUGUUAUGAAACUCUGGAAUCCGGUUCAACCUCAGACGCAUUAGUUGAUUUGACUGGCACAGUACCCGAAACAAUGGACCUUGAACCUGAUGAAGAAGGAAAGAUAAAUAGAUAUACUGAUAGUGAAUUAUUGGAUCACUUAAACAAAGCAAGCAAAUCAGAUGCAUUAAUAAGUUGCUCAAUUAAUGUUCCAGAGGAACAACAGCAGGAAGCUAAACUCACAAAUGGAUUGGUUCUUGGGCAUGCAUAUGGAAUAAAAAAAGUUUAUAAAUUAAAACACCCACAUAAUGGAAAAGACCACGUUCUAUUGAUGAAACUUCAUAAUCCGUGGGGAUCUGGAGAAUGGAAUGGUGCCUGGUCUGACGAUUCACUAGAGUGGAAAAAUGUCAACGAAGCGGAGCGUAAAAAGCUCGCUCUGAAAGUUGCAGACGAUGGUGAAUUUUGGAUGUCGUAUGAUGACUUUAUUGCAAAUUUUUCUACGUUGACUAUUUGUCGUCAUCUCAAAGUGGCAUGGUAUGUGCCUGGCCCAAAGUGGCAUACCUGUAUUUUCAAGGGACAAUGGUCAAAAAAAGAUAAUACAGCGGGUGGUUGCAUAAAUAAUACCGAUACAUUUCAUCAGAAUCCACAAUACGCAUUCACAUUAACAAAACCCACAAAAAUAAUCGCUGCAUUGAUGCAACAAGAUAUACGUGAUCAUCGUCUUGAGGGAAUCGAAAACCACACGAUUGGAUUUAUUUGUAUACGAGUUGAAAACAACCGUGUUUAUCGUGUACACAAACCUUUGUAUGAUGUUGUGAGUCGGGUGACGUAUAUUAAUGCAAGGGAAGUGACUUCUAGAAUGGUAUUAGAACCAGGUCGAUAUGUCUUAAUACCAUCAACUUUUGAUGCUGGUGAAGAAGGAAGCUUCCUUUUGAGAUUGUUUUCCUCGAAUCACUUAAAUGUGACUAGAUUAAUCGAUGACGCGCCUAAAAAGAAGUGGUACGAGGGAAAGAGAUCAGAUUUCGUUGGAAUGGCGCGAAUAAAAAUCUUGAGUUUAAACUUAACACGUGAAGUUGGAUCUGCAAUUUUGAAUACAACUUUACUCGAUACAAAAAAUGGGAAGCUUGUUAAUGAACUUUCGGUGCAAACACCAAUUAAAGAUCCAACUGGGCAUGAAUACGUUUUUUAUAUUCGUGACCCACAAAACGCUAAAUUUAGAAUAGAGUUACUAGAAACAUCCUUGCUGGGAAAAGGCACUUCAUUCGGAGAAUUUUCUUUUGACAUUUCAAGAUUUACAGAAGAAACUGAAGAAUCAAGAUUUUUCGAGUUGACAAAACAUUUUGUAAAAGUAAUCAAAACGACAACAGGAGAAGACGAGAAGAGAAACUCUGGAGAAAAAAUUGUCAGUACAGAGUUGGACACAAGUGAUUCCACCAGCUCUACUAUGACUGCAACUAACGCCACUAACAUAGCUAACACCACCAAUAGCACUGGCAACGCUAACAGCACUAACAACAUUACCCGGAACCGAGACUUCCCGCCGUUUUUAUAUCGUCAUUUUAAUAAUUCAAAUCGGCAGAAUUUCAACCCCACUGGGAAUAUAAAUAUUCACACCUCUCAUGUUGCUCCGAGCAAAUGUUAUCAAGAUCAUCAUGGUAAUCAACAACUCACAUCCCGACGAACGAUUAAAAAGCUACAACGACGACGUCGUUCGAAAAACAGUCCACCUGAAUUGGUUCCCGAUAUACUGUAUGAGAUCUUCCUUCAUUUAUUUGUUGAGGAUGGAGAUGACCCGGUCUUGAUAUUAGGAUACGGAACAAACAGGAGAAAUCCAGUAUCGGAUAUUUAUAGUUGUUUAUUGGUCAAAAAAAGUUGGUCUGAAGUUGCAAUUCAAUUUCUUUAUAGCAAACCAUUUAUGCGGAGAGGAAGGAAACAAGUUGAAUUGUAUCUUUCAAUGCUUACCGAUAGGGAAAUUGAUGAUCUGAAAAGUCUAAGAAUCCAAGAAAUGAAUAAAAUCCAAUCAAACGUUCAAAAAACAAAAUAUCCAUACCCAGCUUACCUUAAAACACUUGACUACGGAAGAUUAGUAAUGUCGGCUUGGGCUUUCUGCAAUUCAAACUGGAUGACUCGAACACUUGAUUAUAAAGUUAUUUGGGUGACUCGCGCUUUACUUCGACUUUUCGCCAGAUCGCAUUCACCACAUCUCACCACAAUCAACUGCUCACUUGGCAAAUAUUCAUUUGCCGAUACGUAUUAUUCGGUUCUCGCUGAACCAGAAUUUGAUCAGUUCCUUGCAAAGGCGAGAAGAUGCAAGAUUGAUUGUAAUUUUGCAGACGAUGCAACUUUUCUAGAUCAAAUUCCGAGAAGUUUUCGAAAUUUGGAUACAAUUGAUAUGAAGUGUUCAGUGUCAAUGAAUAAGCUCGGAGAAAAAUGUUUCAUCACCGAUUACAGCAACGUAAUUGUCUCACAAAAGAAAUUAGUUUCGCUCCAACUACAACAAUGCAACUCAUUUCUCGAUCGAAUACUGGAAACGCUGAAAUUUCAAUCGCAUUCACUUGUCGAACUGAGAUUCGUUGAAUGCGAUUUCAUUAAUUGUCUUCCGUGGUGGAGUAUUGCUGCUUGUCAGAAAUUAACAAAUUUACAGUUCAUUCGAUGCAGGAAUAUUACUUUUAACAUGGCAGAACCAGUGUUGUCUGCCACUUUUCCUUCUUUACGUGAUGUUUCAGUUAUUGGGUGUGAUUUCAAAUGUUUUCAUUAUAUUUGCCCGGAGUUUAUCCAGUGGGCUAGUAACUAUAGUAAGGAUAAUGAAAAAUUAAUACUGUAA